AAGAAAAAAAAAUAAAUGCUGCAGUUCCUCCUACGCAUCAGUUGAUGGACGAGGUCCUCAACCUUCAACCCUCAACCCUCAAUCCUCGUGGAGAUUGACUUCCUUUGGGUGGAAGAAGAAAAUCAUCAAUUGGGGCUCAGAUUAAACCCUAGUGUUCUGGUUCUUGAUCUGCUUCUUCCCGGAAAGAUCCUUUAGAAAUUAGUCUUAUACCAUCUGUGACUGGGAGGCAUCCAUACUUAUUCUUUGCAUGAUGCUAUCAGCCCACGAGUUCUCAGAAAAAGCAGAAGAAUGGUGAGCGGAAGCGAUUUGGUAAUCAUUGGAAUCUCGGUUGGGCUUGCACUUGGUCUCUUGGUUGCUGUGCUUGUGUUCUUUGCCAUAAGGUGGUACAAGGACAGUGGCCACCUUCGGAAAUGUGCAAGUGAGCAGAGUGGUACAGUUCUACCUGUUCACACAGCCACACGAGGCAUAAUCCCCAACCAUAUCGAUAACCCGAAAUCCCCUCAACCAGCUUCUCCACGUCAGUCAUGGUGGAAUCAUCAUACCAAGGAUCUCACUGUAUCAGCCUCAGGCAUACCGAGAUAUUCUUACAAGGAUAUCCAGAAAGCGACCCAAAAUUUCACAACUGUACUCGGGGAAGGAUCUUUUGGUCCCGUCUACAAAGCGAUUAUGCCUGAUGGAGGGCUGACUGCCGUGAAGGUGCAUGCAUCCAAUUCUACUCAAGGAGACAGAGAAUUUCAAACUGAGGUGUCUUUGCUUGGGAGGUUACAUCACCGGAACCUUGUGAACUUAGUAGGGUACUGUGUCGAUAAAGGGGAAAGGAUGCUGGUAUACGAGUUCAUGAACGGAAGUUUGGAGAAUCGUUUGCACAGUGAAGGAACACAAAUUUUGAGCUGGGAAGAGCGUCGACACAUGUUAACAGAACUCUGAAUGGAUUGUUUACGCAAAUAUUCAACUUUUGGAUGUCUAAAUUUCUUGUUUCAGGCUGUGCCACCAGUAAUCCACCGUGAUCUAAAGUCUGCAAAUAUAUUGCUCGACCACUUCAUGAGAGCUAAGGUUGCAGAUUUCGGGUUGUCCAAAGAGAUGGUAUUUAACAGAGUAAACUCUAGUCUGAAGGGAACGUAUGGUUAUAUGGAUCCUGCAUACAUUUCCACGAACAAGUACACAAUGAAGAGCGAUAUCUACAGUUUCGGUGUCAUAAUCUUCGAGCUCAUCACCGCCAUUCAUCCCCAACAGAAUCUGAUGGAAUACAUCAACCUCGCUUCGAUGAGUACAGAUGGGAUAGACGAGAUUCUCGACCAGAAACUGGUGGGGAAAUGCAGCAUCGACGAAGUGAGGGAACUUGCAAAGGUUGCAAACAGGUGCGUACAUAAGGUACCCAGAAAAAGACCAUCCAUGGGAGAAGUAACACAGUCCAUACUGAAGAUAAAACAGAGGAGGUCUCGGGGAAGACAAGACACGACCUCGUUAGAUGGGGAAGAUCUAAGCCGUGUACUUAGCCGAAUAGAGGACCAACACAUUGAGCUGAGAACGUUAGCUGGUGUUAAAGAAGAUGAUCAAGAAAGGGACAGUCCAUCAGAGACAUAGAAUUCUUGUACAUAAACCACUUGAAAUCUCUGUUUAUUUGCAAUAACAUAAACAUA